AUGUCAGGAAACUCUGAAUGCCAGUCUUAUGUCUGGGCAAUUAUAGCCUCCUUGGUUUUAGCUCUGGUUAUAUCACUGAUCUUCAAUGUUUCCCACUAUGUGGAAAAGCAGCGACAAGAUAAAAUAUACAGACACUCUGAUUACUACAUCCCCAGGGAGGAUGAGUAUUAUAUUGAAGACACACCAAUUUAUGGUAACUUAGAUAAUGUGGUCCCAGAACAAAUGGAUGAAAAUUGCUAUGAACAAAUGAAAGCCCAACCAGAGAGAUCUGUGAAUGAACUGCAAGAAGCUACCCCGGCUGCACAGGCAAUCGAUGAAUCACAGAUGUUUUACGCCUCACUGAGUCACAAUUGUGAGAGGAAGCUCAGAAAGCCCAGGCAGCAAAAUAUUUCUGUAUUAGACAAGAAUGAAGAUGAGCUGUUACAUGGAAUGAACACCAGCCUUCCUGAGACUACCCUAGUAUACAGUCUCCCACCCGCGCGCCAGGCAAUAGAGGAAAACAUUCACGAUGAUCCCGUUAGACUGUUUGGAUUGAUUCGUGCUAAUAAAGAACCUGUGAAUUAG